UUGUAAAUGAAAUAGUCGACUUUUGCUAUGAUUUAAAUAAUAUUUUAAAAACUAAUUUAUAAAUACUGUAAUUGUAAAUGUAUGUGUGUCAUGAAGAGGAUAAAUCAGCAAGACCACAACCAUUCGGAGACUAAAGAGCACUUCGCAAAAACUUUCACUGGAAAGUUAUUUAUUUUUUGCUUAGGGAGUGUGUAUUGAUGUGCGAAUGGCAUCCUCCCUAUAAAGUUUACUCUCAGACAGUGCAGGGUAAACCGUCAGUACUUUUCAAGCACUCGUUAGCAUAUCAUACACUAACUUAACUUGCAUCUCAUCUCAUUUUAUUUAAACCAUUCAAUUUAUUUAUUUCACAAUGUUUACUUCAAAACUGUUUCACUUUUGUUUAACUAUUUUAUCUUUUUUAUUGAUAACAGUGUUUUUAUUUCUUGAUUGCGUCGAAUCUAACGCAACAGAUACAAAUUUAACUAAAAGGUUUCCACUGCUAAUGCCAAAGAAAUCAAUUUAUUACGAUUUAUCGAGUCGUCAACCAUUUGAACUUGAGAUUGAUGAUACAGAAAGGCUGCCAGAGUCACCCUUAAAAUAUGUAUCGCGUGGUGUCGGGUGUAAUUGCAAUAAUUUAACAUGCGGGUGUUGCGCUGGUGUCAAUUUAGAGUUUUUCAAUUUUGACCAAAAGGCCUGUUCAAAUAUAACACUUAUUCCUGAAGAAUUUGCUAUGGAUUUCCAUCUAAUUGUUAACGAUAAUGAAGUUCUGAAGCAGCGUAUAACUGGAAAAAAUCCUCCACCGCUGUGUAUGCCACUCAGUUUUUUUCCCAUCAUUAGUUUCUGUGUUCGUGUCUUCGAUAUCGGUAUAAUUGAAAAUAAAGUACGCGCAUGUAUGGAUUUUGAAACUCGUAUUACAUCCUGGCCAAUUUUUGUUCUUCAUUUCAAUUGUGUUAAAGUAGGAACUGAUGGUGUCUCAUGGGUACCACCAACAUCCCCGAAUCAUAAGCCAACAUCAUUGGUUGAAACAAAUUUAAAUCCAACAAAGCCUGGAUUUUUAGUACCGGAAGUUUAUGAUGAAGUUAAUUUUGAGCCGGCUGAUCAAAUAGUUGCCUCAAAUUUUUCAAACGUCACACCUGAAGACGAACAACAAAUUGGUAGUCUUAAAUUAUAAUUUAUUUGUUUUUUUAUUUAUUUAUUUAUUUAUUUAUUUAUAUAUUUACUAUCUUAUGUAUGGUGGAAAUCAUUAGUUUUAUGAAUAAAAAUUAAUUAAAAAUUGAACUGGAAAGUGUUAACUAAAUACACAAGGUGAGCAAAUAAUGAGUUGUAUGAUAUAUAU